ACAUUUUGAGUUUGGUACUGGACACCACAUACCAUCAUGUGGUUCCCUGUCGUCCUUCUCUUACUUGUCGGCGUGGCCGUGGCCAUGCCUGACCACGAGCAUGCCUGGGAACCGCAGAACGAGUAUCAAUACUCUGUAUUCGUUCGGACACUGACUGGUGUGGACACGUUGAAACAGCAAUAUACUGGAAUUCAAUUAAAGGGUGUUCUCGUCAUUCAAGUAAAAUCAGAGGAGUUGUUGCAAGCGAAGUAUAUCAAUCCACGAUAUGCUCAUAUACACCAAGAAUUAUCGAACGGUCCGUAUUCCAAGAUUCCUGAAGAGAAUCUCGAAUAUCGCGAUAUACCCAUGUCGGGAAAGCCAUUUGAGAUCAAGUUGAAGCACGGAGUGAUCCGGGAUUUAUUAUUCGAUCGUAACGUACCUACUUGGGAGGUGAAUAUGCUCAAGGGUAUCGUAGGUCAGCUGCAGAUCGACACUCAGGGCGAAAACGCGAUAGAUAGCCAGAGUACUCAGAUUCCCUCCAACUCAGAGCCUUCUUCCGCUACGUUUAAAGCCAUGGAGGAUUCCGUCGGUGGCAAAUGCGAGGUUCUAUAUGAGAUUACGCCGUUGCCCCAACAUGUAGCCCAAACGAGGCCAGAUAGAGUACCUAUGUCGUCUGUACCCAGCAAAGGUCAUCAUUAUGAAGUUAAGAAGUUGAAGAAUUAUGAGAAGUGCCAGGAGCGACAGCUCUACCAUUACGGUAUGGACGUUAAAAUGACGAAGGAAAAUAUGAUGAAACGAAAUAAAGUUGUUUCGGAAUUAUCCACGACUCACAUAGUUAUCACGGGUACCUUGAAAAGUUUCACCAUUCAAUCUACUGAGAUGAAGAACGAGAUAACCGUUCAACCUGAAUCAUCCGAUUCUCCCAUUGGUACUGUCUACAGUAUAACGAAAUUAACUUUGGCCAAAAUAAACAAAAUCUCCAACUCUUGGUUUGGACCACUCGAAUUAAGCAACGUCGAGUCAACUGGAAAUCUGGUGUACAUAUUUAAUAAUCCUUUCUCUGAUUCCGAGCAGCGAAAAGUAGGUCAGCCGAGCAUUAGUCGAAAUUCCGAGCAAGAAAACUCUUUAGAGACCAAAAAAAGAUCUUUCCACAGUCACAGUUCCUCAUCCAGUAGCUCUAGUAGUUCCAGCAGCGAGGAAGAAAAUGAAUCUGUCAUGCAAUCUAAGGCGUCAUUACGAAACAUUUUCAUGGCUCCGAACGUCCCGCUGUUACCUUACUUUAUCGGUUUCAAAGGCAAGACGAUCAUGAAAUCUAAUGAGCACAACGUUAUGCAACUUGCCAAGGACUUACUUCUCCAAAUAGCUAAAGAAAUACAGAAUCCUUCUGAAGGAUAUGAGAAUACGCUGGAGAAAUAUGUAAACUUAAAGAAUCUCAUUCGCACCAUGGAUCGCAAGCAGUACACUGAGUUAGAGCAAUAUGUAUCCCAAUUUAAUAAGGCAACAGUGGAAGGCGAAAAUGCUUGGUACACCUUACGCGAUGCUGUCGUACAUGCUGGAACUGGACCUGCUUUUGUCACUAUCGAAAAUUGGCUAAAGAGUGGACAAGUUAAAGGCGAAGAGGCGGCAGAACUUCUUUCUAAAAUUCCCAAAAGCGUUCACCAACCAACACCGGAUUAUAUCAAAGAAUUCUUUAAACUGAUUAAGAGUUCAGUGGUAACUCAACAAGAAUACGUAAAUGUGUCCGCACCUCUAGCAUUUGCUGAACUGUUACGCAAUAAUUAUGUCGUCCCAUCUUACUAUCCGGUACACAGUUUCGGCCGUAUGACUCUUAAGGGAAAUGAAGAGAUAGACAACUAUAUUUCUUAUUUGGCUAACCAAUUGCAACAAGGCUACCUCGAAAACAAUACUCAGAAAAUUCAGACAUUCAUCUUUGCACUUGGUGUCACUGCCCAUCCGAAGAUUAUCUCAGUCUUUGAGCCAUACUUAGAAGGCAAGCUGCCGACGACGAAAUAUCAACGUAUGCUCAUGGUGGCCGCUCUGUAUGAUCUAUCCAGAGACAUACCAAAAUUAGUUGGACCAAUUUUCUAUAAGCUCUACAUGAAUGAAAACGAAGCUCACGAAGUUCGUUGCAUGGCAGUACAGCAAUUUAUCCUGACAGACCCGCCAAUGAUUACGUUGCAACGCGUAGCGAAAUACACUAAUUACGAUCAGAGUGAUCAGGUGAACUCUGCCGUGAAGAGUACGCUAAACAGCAUCAUUAAUACGAAGCGACCGGAAUGGCGAAAUCUCGCUAACAAGGCGCGCAGUGUCAGGUAUCUAGUGAAUCCAAAGAACUAUGACACCUGGUACUCGAAGGGCUACUAUAUAGAUUUUGAAAACUGGGUUUUCAAAGGACUUAAUGUGAAAAUGGUUGCUAGUAAUGAUGCCGUACUACCCAGAUAUGUAUACGUUGGCCUUGAUAGUAUUUUCAACUUCCUCCGUAAGCCCACUUUCGAAGUAGGAUAUGCGGUAUCGAGCUACAGGCAGGUUUACGAUUUGAUCAAUGAGUUGUGGAACUCCUAUCAAUUUGAAGAAAUGAGAGAGAAAUCACAAGGAUCACGCGUUGAGAAACUAGCGCAAGAACUUAAGAUUAAAUCCGGACAGAAGAAUAAUUUGGAAGGACAUGUCCUGUUUAACUCGGUAUACGGUUCCAUGGUCUAUCCUUACGACAAGCAUAGAAUUAGAGAGGCCGUUGCUGCGCUGAAAAAACUUCUGACGAGUGACUCCAAACUGAAAACAACUGCAUUUAACAAUUUCGAAAAGAUAGUGAGCUUCCCGAUGGAAAUGGGUGUGCCGUUCGUCUAUUCUUUCGAGCUGCCAGUAUUUGUAAAAAGUGAAAUUAACUUUAAAAAAGGAGAACCCAUCACCUCGAGGAGUGGCGUUUACGAAACGUUAUUCUGCAAUAGAGUACAGAAGCGGUUUGGUUUCAUAGCACCUUUCGAGUAUCAGAAUUAUAUUGCUGGUAUUGACAAAAAUGGAAUAAUGCGAGUACCUCUAAAAUACGAAACCAAUAUUGAUAUAAAACAGAAAAACUUUGCAUUGAAGAUUCAUCCGAACAUACCGCAAUCUGGAACGAGUACUGGAUUAACACAUUAUAGUGUCGUUCCCUUCACCACGCGACAAAAUAUCUUUAAUCUUCAACCAGUAUCUAAUGAGGGUAAUACGCGUCCUGUGAUAACCUCAGAAAUACAUAAAAUGACAAAAGAAAAAGGUCCAUUUUCUAUCAAAAUAGAAUCUGAUACCACGAAAAAAGAAUCAGUCUUGGAAGAUAUCGUUACGGGAAUCUCGAAAUCAUCUAAUUCUAAUAACGAGCGUUAUAUGAAAAUAGACACAACAUUUGAGUCUAAGCAAGUAGCAAAGUGUGAGAUACAAAUCGACAUGACGUUCGAUGCAGUGACAAUUCACGGUAAGAAUCAGCAACCAUCGCAUAAAGAGAUGCAACACCACAGUAAACUGGAUUGGAAACCAAACAGUAAGGAAAGAAGAGAAGAAAUUGUAAAUGUCCUCAGCGCAGGUCUCAAGUCGGGUACAGUCUUUGUAGCGGACGUAAGUUUCAGUCUCCCGAGGUUACAAGACAACACUUAUGUUUUUACUGUCGGCAGCGUGAGAAGUAAUAUAGACCAGAAAUUAAGACAUUACUUUUAUGUUAAUACUAAUGCAGCGCAAGAAGUAAAAUAUGAACUUUGUUACUCACAAGAAGUACAAUAUGCAUAUCCUACUCCUCUCAAUUUCGAAUACGCCAUUAAUAACGAACCAAAAGAUAAAUUAAAGGGUGUAUUGCGAUAUGGAAGAACCUGCAAUACAGGAAAUGAAAUUGUUAUCACCGGAAGCUCCUCACAAAGUCCACAACUGAGAGAUAUGAUAGAGAACUCCAGCAUUACCAAACAAUGUAUGGAAGAGAUUCAAAAGGGAAAGAAAUCUGUGCGAACUUGCAAUAAGGCUACUGACGUUGCCCAAGUGAGGGAUCAGCUAAACUUUCAUAUUGAUGCAUCCCAGCUUUCUGAAAUACGCCAGAAAUAUGACCAGGUGAUCGGUCUCCUCAAUUAUACGAAUUUAUCACAAUACAAUGUUCAGCAAAACUCUGAAACCAACACCAUCGUUGUACAAAACCCAUGGGUGAUGGUACCAACCGUACAAGAGCCGUGGUACCGUUGGGCCAUUAAACCUUCAGAAUCACAAAGGCAAAGUGAAAUUGAUGUCCUGUUAGACGAAGUAUCACAACCUUCGUGCACUCUCGAUAACGACAAGAUUCUUACUUUUGAUAACCAGCUCUAUAACGUGCAACUAGGAAAAUGUAAGCACGUGCUUUUAACCACCUAUCCACAAGAUUCCCAUAAUCGUAGAAAUUAUAUUCCGGAAAGCUCGAAAGUGGCUGUCUUAGCUAAAGAUACGGACAAUGACAGCAGAAAUGUUUAUGUAUGGCUGGGCAAUCUAGAAAUUGAACUGAAGAAAGUGGGUAAUGAUCUAAAAGUUGCAAUAAACGGACAGAACGUCGAGAUACCGGAGAAAGGCCAUCAAGAAAGCAAUGGAAAUGAAAUCAUUUUCGAAAUCGUGCAAUUACCAGACGGAUCCCUCUCUGUCAUUUCAGAGAAGUAUGGAAUAACCGUCAUAUUCGACGGAAAACACGUUCGAUUAUAUGCAAAUGGUGCAACAUAUCGUAAUGCCAUACGUGGUCUCUGCGGCAACUACGACUCCAGGCGUGAUAACGAUUUCCUCACUCCUAAGAACUGUCUCUUGACGAAACCGGAAGAAUUUGCCGCUACCUACGCUAUGACAAACGAGAAUUGCCAAGGACCUGCUCCGGAAAAUAAACGAAAAGCCGAAGGAGCCAUGUGCAUUGAAGUGCCAGAGCAGCAACAGAUGAACGUUAUCAGCGACAGAGAAGCGGGUAGAAUGAUGACAGAGGGCGGAAAUUGGGGCUACCAUCAGUCUAAUCGCAAGAAAGAACAUGGACAAGAUAGUAAAAGAGGUCACGGUCAUAAAAAAUACAAUCAGAAAGACUCGCAGGAGGGUGGAUCAAACGAGAGUCAAUAUAGGAAGAAACACAACAUUGUCUAUCGCACGAGAGUUGUAGAAAUGGACGAUAAAAUCUGUUUCACUACUACACCUGUACCAGGAUGCCUCCAAGAUACCAGGCCCGUAGAAAGAGUUCCGAAGAAAUAUGAUCUUUAUUGCCUGUCGAAGAACAAUGAAUCUAUGGACCUCAAACGUAGGGUCGAGGAAGGCGCUAAGCCAGAUUUUACUCAAAAGCCUGUCAACAAGAUACAAAACUUCCAAAUUCCUGUCUCUUGCAGCGCCGCAUAAUCUGACAAUACCGAAAUAAUAUACUGACUGUGCAUACGUAAUUAAUAUAAUCUUCCCUUUUUUAAUCUCUUUUUUUAAAGUUGCAAAUAUGUUCGUUUAUUAAUUGCAACAAUGUACGCAAUAAUAUUGAAGCAAUAAAGUUGAAUCCUUUCAACGUAA